AUGGCUGGGCCGCCGAAAGCAACGUUUGUUGACCCUGCUGGCCAGACGACAGUCAUCGAUGACAAGCUAUAUAUCGAUGGUGGCUGGGUGAAUUUCGACGACUUUCAAGACGAUCACGUAAAUUAUUCCAAUACCUGGUUAGGAUAUCACGAUCUCAAUAGCCUUAUAAAGAGAGGCGGUGAUUAUUGGCCCGAUCUGAACAUCACCUUAAACAAGAACGACAGCAUUCCAACAGUAUCUGGUGGGGUUCUAUGGGGUGAUGCUGUUAACAAGAGAUUCUACCUCUAUGGCGGCGAGUGGACUGUCGGGUUUGCACAAGAGCCCUACCACUUGUUAAGCUAUGAUAUUCUUUACGACAAGUGGGAUGACUUCGGACCGCCUAGAAUUGCACCCCCGCCAGAGAUUGCCUCCUAUGGAGCCGGAGUCGGUGUAUCGGAAACCGGAAUGGGUUAUUACUAUGGAGGGUGGAUAAGCAAUGCCUCCAUGAGUGGAUGGACUCAACAGCGAACAAUGAGCUCGAGAUUCUACACGUAUGCCUACGAUACAGACACAUUCGCCCAGGCAGCUGGUCCGGACAAAAACCCGAGAGCCGAAGGUGCAAUGGUAUGGAUCCCGGCGGGCGAUACCUAUGGACUGCUUGUAUACAUGGGGGGUAUUGUCAGUCCAUAUGGUAAUGGCACGGCAGCUCCCCAACCACUUGACAAGGUCUUUGUGUUUGAUGCCGCGGGCAACUCAUGGUCGAUUCAGACGGCAACUGGAGAGAUCCCACAAAAUAGACGCCAAUUUUGUAUUGACGUGGCCUGGGCCCCCGAUAGAUCAAGCUUCAACAUCUACCUCUGGGGGGGCCUGAGUGUGCCGCCCCCGGCUGUUAACGCAACCUCAUUCAACGACAUAUACAUCUUGACCCUCCCCUCAUUCAUCUGGGUGAAGGCCUACCCUGAUCACCAUGGAAACGUCACGCUGCCUGAUGGCCACUAUAGUUCUUCCUGCAACAUGGUUAAGUCGAUGUCGCAACUCUUCGUCAUCGGUGGCACCUACACGGACACUGAUAAAUGCGACCUCGGGGUCACGGCAUGGGCGCAACAUAGCUUUUGGACGGGGACGAACCAGAACGCCGGCGAUGACCAGACAUACUGGGCAGUGCCCGACCCCAACGUCACCAGCAACGUCGUCCCUAUUGACGUCUAUAACGUCGUUGGUGGGAAUAAGUACGGUGGCGCGACGCGCGUGGGACCCAAGGCCGGAUUUGACUCGGGCAACAAGCCCCUCCAGGACCUGCUGGAGCGGAGACCAUCGAUCCCGCCACGUUCUCCGACCCGCCACGUCCCCGGCCCGACCAACUCGUCAACGCCGCCUCCGGGACCGGCGCUCUCCACCGGCGCCAUCGUUGGCAUCGCCAUUGGCGGGGCCGCGGGUUUAGUGCUCGUGCUGUUUCUUUGGUUCCUCAUCGGUAAGAUGGUUGCCCACCGUCAGGAGGAGAGGCGCCAGUCAGGAAUGACGCAGUUUUCGUGCAGCGGUGGUGGCAGCAAGGCCGGGGCGCCGAGCAUGGCCAGCCCGCAAAUGUCCACGGGAACUUGGGUUACGGGGUCCGCUCCCGGACUGUCGUCUCCCGAGCCCUGCACACAGCAGGACGGCAGUUUCCGUGUCGUCAGCGAGCUCCCCACCCAGCAGGACGUCAACGAGCUACACCAGUAA